AUGCUUCUCGACGCUGACGCUGAUGGCGACGUCGAUCUGUUUGAUGAUGAGCCCCUAGAGGAUGAGGUUCAGGGCGAGGCCCUUCUAGCUGCAGUUGAUCUUUUGUUACUCGCAGAUGCUCCAGCUGGGGAGUCACCUACACACUCACCGGUCCCAAACUCUUUCAAGUCUGUGGCUUCCGCACCAUCACAUACUCAGAGUGCGCAGCACUUUUCUCACGGUUCAGAUCCUGAUAGGGCAUCCUCUGUUGCCCCUGCUCCGAACUUUGCUUUCGACCACGAUGUUGAGGAGGAUUCCGAUCCUGUCUUUCCCCCAGGAUUCGACCCAGACCAGGAGAUAGAGUUCAUCCACUUGGAUCAGCCCCUGGUUGACCCAGUAGACCCAGUUGACCCUGCAUUCGCUGACGAUGCAGAUUUUGAUAUGGAGUUCGUUGACCCCGAGCUUGCCAUGGCCCUUGAGCCAGUAGCCGCUCUAGACCCUGCGUUUGAGCAUGACCCAGUUCAUGCUGGCGCACCCGUUAUUGAUCCUGUGAUUGCUGACCCACCCAUUGAUGAUCACCUGGUUGAUGCUCCACUAUUAGAGGGUGACCAUGUUGUUGCUGCUGACCCUGUUGAUGCCCCUUUCAUCGAUGCACCCGUUGACCCUGUUGUUGCUCCCCUACCUGAUCCUGUUCCCCUGGAGCCCGAGCAUGCACUAUUCGCGACCCACAUUGAUCCCAGGUAUGCGCACACCCAGAAUGGGUGGAUUGACGCUGAUGAUGAGCUCCCACCUGUUCCCCCACAUACCACCGAUGCACGUCACAUUGAUACCUCUUUUUCGUUCCCUCAGUUUACACCUCCAGCUCGACCUGGAGAGGGUUCUUCGGCUCAUCCUUUGGACAUGUACCGGUUUUUAUGA